AUGAGACAACAUGUGGUUCUGGUCACUGUUAAUAUUCGUGGAAAAGAGUGUAUGUGCAUCUCUAUGACGAGACACUGGUGGUGCAGUAGUAUUUGGAACUGUGCUCUGUCUCAUGAGCUCCGAGGGCCUCUGCUGGAGAUGAAUGGUGUGUUUGGCGCAGAUACAGAUGAAGGAGUGUCAGUGUCAGUGAUGGAGGGAGAUUCUGUCACUCUAAACACUGAUGUUACUGAAGUACAGAAAGAUGAUCAGAUAGUGUGGAUGAUUGGGCCUCAAGAGAUUCGUAUAGCUGAAAUCAAAAAUCAGACCAUUGAUAUGUUUGAAAGUAAUGAGACAUUUGGAGACAGACUCCAGAUGAACAAUCAAACUGGAUCUCUGACCAUCAGAAACAUCAGAACUGAACACACUGGACUUUAUAUGCUACAGAUCAUUACAAAUAAAGAAACUUCACGCAAGAGAUUCAAUCUUACUGUCUAUGCUCCUCUGCAUGUUCCUGUCAUCUCCAGCAACUCUUCAAACUGUUCUUCAUCAUCUUUAUUGUCAGUGUCCAGAUGUUCACUGCUGUGUUCAGUGGUGAAUGUGAGUGAUGUGACUCUCUCCUGGUACAAAGGAAACAGUUUAUUGUCCAGCAUCAGUGUGUCUGAUCUCAGCAUCAGUCUCUCUCUACCUCUGGAGGUGGAAUAUCAGGAGAAAAACACCUACAGCUGUGUGCAUAACAAUCCCAUCAGCAACCAGACCAGACAUCUGGACAUCAGUCAGCUCUGUCACACAUGUACAGAAAAAUCUCAGCGUUCACAUCAUAUUGUGUCAGCAUUGGUGGUGGUGGUGGUGCUGCUGCUGGUUAUACGUUUUGUAUAUGUGGGUGUGAAAUCAUGUACAAGGAGUGAAAAACGAAGGAGGCUGAGUGAAGAGAGCUCAGUGUCUUCUGAUAAAUGAAGAGAAUUAAAUAACAGCCCAUUCUCCUAACGGGAGCAGCCAUAGGAGAGAGAGAUCAUCAGUCAAUCAUUCAGACUGUCUGAAUGGAAUGUGGUAUGUCUGUGGUAUGGAUUUAUUUAACCCUCUGGUGCUUUUUUUUCUUUUUUCUUUUAGUAUUGUCUUUCUCGGAAUGGUAGGAAACUAGGCAAAAGUUUUGCCCCUUGCUACGUAAACACCCACACACACAAAAUUGUUUU